GCCACCUCCUCCGCCGCCGCAGGGUCUACUACCUCCCCGAGGCCAGCGCGUCGCUCCUCAUCGGUUUAAUGGUGGGAGGGCUUGCUAGCAUAUCUAACACUCAGAAAAGAGAUGGUUCAAUUUCCGGGAAGAGCUUUUCUUUAUGUUAUUGCUGCCCCCGAUUAUAUUCCAGUCUGGCUUCAGCUUAGCACCAAAACCGUUCUUCUCAAACUUUGGUGCUAUUAUUACUUUUGCAAUCGUUGGAACCUUUAUCGCCUCCAUUGUCACAGGUGUUCUAGUCUACCUUGCUGGGUUAAUACAUCUUGUCUAUAGGAUGCCUCUGAUCGAGUCUAUGAUGUUUGGUGCCCUUGUAUCAGCAACUGACCCUGUAACUGUGCUGUCCAUAUUUCAGGAACUUGGUACAGAUGUGAACCUCUAUGCGUUGGUUUUCGGUGAAUCUGUGCUAAACGAUGCUAUGGCAAUUUCCUUGUACAGGACUAUGUCAUCUCUGAGAACAAAUCCUUCUAGCCAAAACAUUUUCAUAGUUAUCUUGAGGUUUCUUGAGGACUUCUUUGGAUCAAUGUCAAUAGGUGUUGGAGCUGGAUUUAUUUCUGCUCUCCUCUUCAAGUAUUCAACACUUGGUGUUGAGAACCUGUAUAACCUCGAGAGCUGCCUGUUUGUACUAUUCCCAUACUUCUCGUAUAUGCUAGCUGAAGGCUUUGGUCUGUCCGGCAUAGUCUCAAUACUCUUUACGGGAAUUGUGAUGAAGAGAUACACAUCCCCAAACUUGUCAGAGGACUCCCAGCGUUUCACAGCUUCCCUUUUCCAUCUGCUUUCAUCAUUAGCAGAAACUUUUGUGUUCAUAUAUAUGGGAUUUGAUAUUGCAAUGGAGCGUCAAAGCUGGUCACACAUUGGGUUCAUAUUUUUCUCGAUUAUCUUCAUAUUAGUUGCAAGGGCUGCAAAUGUUUUCUCGUGUGCUUUCUUGGUAAAUUUGGCACGACCACCCCACCGGAAAAUAUCCAGGCAAUAUCAGCAGGCACUUUGGUAUAGUGGUCUUAGAGGGGCAAUGGCUUUUGCCCUUGCUCUUCAAUCUGUUCAUGAUCUUCCGGAGGGCCAUGGUCAGGCAAUUUUGAGCGCUACCAUAUCUAUCAUUGUUCUGACGGUACUUCUGAUUGGAGGUUCGACAAGCACAAUGCUUGAAUCUCUACACGUUGCGGGAGAUGGUAAUAAUGGCCAGCAUCAUUCACUUGAGGACCAGGAGAACUCUGAAGGGAACAAUGUGGGUAACAUAGAACUAAACAAUGUAGAGGGGACUUCGAACGCAAGUAAAUUUAGACUGAAACUCCGAGAAUUCCAGAGAAGCACUCCCUCAUUCACCACAUUGGACCGACACUACCUCACUCCAUUUUUCACAUCUCAAAAUGGAGACAGCGAUGAUGACGAUCAUGAUCCUAAUGGAGCGCCACAGCGGUCUAACGAGUUGCAAGGUGUGGAGAGCCAUCGGUUACCGACUCGAGAGAUGGACUGAACUGAGGAGAGCUUCAUUUCAGUGGAGUACGCAAAGUGUGGCGUGCCUGGCGAUGAAACUACGCAGCUUCUGACACUGGAACUAACACACACAUAGGGAAAAAACAUAACUCCACAUGUAAAUAAUAGGCCUGCACGUUUUUGUUAGCGGGUUAGCAAUGACAGCAGAUGUUUUAUUGGCCGCUUCCUUCCCUCGGACAAUUCUCUGCAAGGAAGCUCUUUGUAUCGUGCCGGCUUUUCUGUACAGACAAUAGUCCUGGUCCCAGCCUCCCAGGGGACUGAUUCCAUCACCCUUCCACGCAAAGCGUCAUUCCUUGCCCUUUUGCUCUUUUUGUGUCUGCAUUUGCUCCCUGUUAAGACCAAAAACCCGCUUGAAAUCGAAAGCUGAUUUCUGUUUACCGCUACUA